GUUUAUUUUUACGUUUACAACUUCUGUUGUGUUUGAGGAAACUCGUUGUAACAACUUUUUCAAUCAUUGCGCAAYAAUAAAUGGUUAAUGCACAUGCAAUAACGAAACAUGACAGUUAACAGAGUAACAAUUUGGUMAUGAAAAUGUGUGUUUCAUGUUUUUGUUGUUUUAAGUGACGUUCGGCUCGAUUGUUUUAUUUGUCGGUGAUMAUUUUUCCCAGCUUCCAUAAACGCAUCAUGCGACCCUGAUCCAUUGAUCGAGAGAUCCAGGCGCCGCUGGGACUCCUCGCUGGGUUUCCACGCCUCCUACUUUCACCCCCAUUGUGGUGAGUCUCCGGCUCUCUCACACACUUUGCCAGACUUCGAGGAGUUGGAUCGAAGAGGGAACACCGACAACGUAGAAGAACACACACAAAAACAAAACAAAAACAUCCCUUUUCUUCCUCCGCCGGGAUUCRCCUCCUUCAGGGAUUUAAAAAAGUAGAUGCGACGGUUGUUGGAAAUGUUGGAGUGUCGCACCGGAGGGACGGAGCUCACGCACUCUACGCUGCGAAGUUGUAAAAGAAGUUCCCUUGAAGUUCGUGUUUUUCCGCCACCGCGCUCCUCCAGCCUGUGAACCUCCCACCGUCAUGGCGAGGCGAACCGGGGACAAACSUCGGGCUUUGACGCCGAGCGCGAGCGCUGCUUCCCGGAGUGAGCAGCUUCGCCUCCUCGGCGGCGGCGGCUCGUUCUGCCGCUUGGUUCUAAUCUGUUCGGCUCUGUCUGCUUGUGGAUCCUGCGGAGCGGAGACCGACUUCUCUAUCCUGGAAGAAGCUCAAGUUUUGGCGGAGCAGAUGAAAAAGCUUUCCUCGCAGGAGUUGGGAGUCUUUACUAUGCAGAGGAUUUUCAACUCGUUCGUGUACACAGAGAAGACAUCAAACGGAGAGACAGAAGUGCAGCAGCUCGCUAAGAAGAUUCGUGAGAAGUUCAACCGUUACCUGGAYGUGGUGAACAGGAACAAACAGGUGGUGGAGGCCUCGUACACCGCCCACCUCACCUCUCCACUCACUGCAAUUCAGGACUGCUGCUCCAUCCCAGCAUCUAUGAUGGAGUUUGAUGGGAACUUUAACACCAACGUCUCCAAGACCAUCUGCUGCGACAGACUUUCUCCCAACGUCAACAGCAGAGCCUUCAACCCGGGGCGAGAGCUCAACUCAGUGUUGGCCGACAACCUGAAGUCCAACCCGGGGAUAAAGUGGCAAUACUUCAGCUCUGAGGAGGGCAUCUUCACCGUCUUCCCUGCCCACAAGUUCCACUGCAAAGGAAACUACGAGCAUCGCAGCCGACCUGUGUACGUAUCUGCAGUCCGUCCACAGUCCAAACACAUUGUUGUGAUGGUGGAUCAUGGAGCGUCCAUAACUGACACCCAGCUUCAGAUCGCCCGGGACUCUGCGCUGGUCAUCCUCAACGCCAUUGAUGAACAUGACAAGAUCUCCGUCCUGUCUGUGGCAGAGACCGUUCGCUCCUGUUCUCUGGACCAGUGCUAUAAGAGUCUGCUSUCUCCAGCCACCAGCGAGACUAAGAGGAAGAUGAGCACCUUCAUCUCCAACAUCAAGRUCUCUAAUGGAGCCACCCAGCACGCAGCUGGCUUCCAGAAAGCUUUCCAGCUGCUUCGCAACACCAGCAGUCUCAGUAAACAGAGCAGCACUACAGACGUGGUUAUCAUCUACCUGUCGUCUGGUGUUACGUCUCGAGACGCGUCAGAGCUGGAGAAGAGAGCCACCCUCAGUGUGGUCAGAGAGGAGAACCGACACCUCAACAACUCUGUCAUGAUCCUGACUUACGCUCUCAUGAACGAGGGAGUCACCGGUUUGAAGGAGCUGGCCUUCCUGAGGGACCUCGCCGAGCAGAAUUCUGUGAAGUACGGCGUCGAUCGAGCGUUCCGAGACCGCUCCUCGGCCGCGUCGCCGCCCGGAUCGGCCGGAGCGUCGGUGAUGCCGGUGGUGAAGGGCAGCAUGAUGGUGCUGAACCAGCUGAGCAACCUGGAGACGACRGUGGGCCGCUUUUACAUCAACCUGCCCAAUCGCAUGAUCGACCUGGCCCGCUUCAGCCUGCCCUACUCUGACCCMAUGGGAGAUGGGUUCAUCAUGACUGUGAGUCGGCCGUGUUAUUUUGGGAACAUGCUGCUGGGUGUGGUCGGCGUUGACGUCAACCUUGCCUACAUCCUAGAGGACGUCACCUACUAUCAAGACUCACUGGCUUCAUACACCUUCCUCAUUGACAACAAAGCCUUCCUUUGGGCAGCCAGGUUAUUGCCGUGCCGGUGAACUCCUCUCUGUCCUGGCACACCAACCGACUCAGGGACAACAGCAAAGACGCGUAUAACGUCAGCUAUGCCUGGAAACUGGUCCAGGACACGUCUUUCGUCCUGUGCAUYGUGUACGUGCAGCCAGAGAUCCCCGUGAAGCAGCUGAAGAACCUGAACACUGCUCCCAGCUCCAAGCUGCUCUACCAUCGUUUGGACCUGCUGGGUCAGCCCAGCUCCUGCCUGCACUUCAAGCAGCUCGCCACUGUUGAAUCCCCCACCGUGAUGCUGUCAGCUGGAAGCUUCUCCUCCCCCUACGAGCACCUCAGCCAGCCCGAAACAAAGCGGAUGGUGGAGCACUACACCGCCUAUCUGAGCGAUAACACCAGGCUCAUUGCCAAUCCGGGCCUCAAGUCCUCUGUCAGGAACGAGGUUAUGGCGACCAGUCACGUUACGGAUGAGUGGAUGACACUAAUGGAAAUGAGUAGCCUCAACUGCUACAUUGUGCGCCGUUACAUAGCAACGCCCAGCGGGGUGCUCCGGAUUUACCCGGGAUCGCUGAUGGACAAAGCGUUCGACCCGACCCGCAGACAAUGGUACCAGCAUGCUGUGGCUAACCCUGGUCUCAUCACCUUCACCGGUCCGUACCUGGAUGUUGGCGGCGCCGGCUACGUCGUCACCAUCAGUCACACCAUUCAUGCCUCCAGUUCUCAGAUGGCUCCUGGUUAUGCGGUUGCAGUGAUGGGCAUAGACUUCACUCUUCGCUACUUCUACAAGGUCCUGCUGGAUCUGUUGCCCAUCUGCAACCAGGACAAAGGCCACAAGCUCAGGUGCUUCAUAAUGGAGGACAGAGGCUACCUGGUCGCUCACCCCACGCUCAUUGACCCUAAAGGUCAUGCCCCUGCAGAACAGCAGCACAUCACACACAAGGAGCCACUCGUGGCCAACGACAUCCUGAACCACCCCAACUUUGUCAAGAAGAACCUGUGCAACAGCUUCAGCGACCGCACGGUGCAGCGCUUCUACAAGUUCAACACCAGCAUAAUGGAACCCCAGCUGUGAGGUGCAUCAAGAACCAGUCAGUCUGAAUGUGAUUGAUCCCAGUCUGCAGGACACCCUGCCCCAGUGCAUCAACACCCGCUGCAGCCAGAGAUACAGCAGCAGUGAUUGUUUCGGUGUGUUGGACUGUGAGUGGUGCAUGGUGGACAGCGAUGGGAAGACCCACCUGGACAAGCCGUACUGCGCCCUGCAGAAGGAGUGUUUUGGUGGCAUCGUCGGUGCCAAGAGUCCKUACGCAGACGGUCUGGGUCUGGUUGACGAGGAGGUGGCGUCUUUGAACAUGAUCAAGAGCGCCCCCGUGGGUCCAGUCGCUGGGGGCAUCAUGGGCUGCAUCAUGGUGCUGGUGUUGGCUGUGUACGCGUACCGACACCAGAUCCACAGACGCUCACACCAGCACAUGUCGCCGCUGGCUGCACAGGAAAUGUCUGUGAGAAUGUCCAACCUGGACAACGAGCGGGAUGAGAGGGAUGAAGACAGCCACGAGGACAGAGGAAUCAUCAGCAACACCAGAUUUAUAGCGGCGGUGAUCGAGAGGCACACUCACACGCCUGAACGGAGACGGAGGUACUGGGGUCGAUCCGGGACGGAGAGCGACCACGGCUACAGCACCAUGAGUCCACAGGAGGACAGCGAGAACCCGCCCGGAAACAACGACCCGCUCUCGGCGGGCGUCGACGUCAGCAACCACGACGACGACCUGGACCUGGACACGCCCCCGCAGACGGCGGCGCUGCUGAGCCACAAGUUCCACCCGUACAGGCACGCGCACACGCACCACCAYCCGCUGCACACGCACCACCUGCAGGCGGCGGUGACGGUGCACAGCGUGGACGCAGAGUGCUGAUCCUCACCUCCCUGACGGGGGAGCGGGACAGAACCUGGUUUUCAUAAAGACGUUUUUAUUUUUUUUAAAAACCAACCAAGGUGGAAUAACGGACACAGAAAUAAAUGUCAGCGUCGGGGCCAAAGCAGCUGGGAUUUUCUGUUUGUCUUCCGGACUACGAGGACAACCUGCUGGAGCAAACAAAAUGCCGUAUGAGCCUUUUCAUCAAACACUACCAGGAGACAAAUGGAGCCUAAAAGCUUUAUGGGGAGACGAAUCAUUUCUCAGUGUUGGACAGGAUGAGUGGAGAACUGGAUUACAGCCGGGGCCCGACGAGGAGCCCUUUGACUGUUGUAGGCAGUUCCCCUGCAAAGGCCUCUAGCUGAGAGGUGCAUGAAGGGAACAAGCGCUCUGAAAACUGGGAGGCAUCUCUGCUGAAGAAUAAAGACUUUUUUAAAACGAAGAACUGGAUUUAGAGGGAUUCUGACGUUAUUUCUCCUAAYUUUCCCUUUUCAUUUCCGGACUUGUUUUUCUCUGAAAGUUGCAGCUCCUGGAUUCACCCAURAUGUGGGAAAACAUCUGAACACUUUCCUGAAUGUCUGUAAACUUCACUGUAGGACGUUUCACAUAAGAAAACAUAAGAGUA